CUGGAAGCGGCGACACGGUGGACAACAAAUAACCUGGACUCGAAUACUUUAGUUUCCUUAGUAGGACUCGAACUGCGACCCUCCAGGAAGGGAACUACGCAGUUGAAAGGUAUGGUUUUGUUUAUUAAAUCGGACGUUUUUGUAGAGUAUUUCGUACAACUUCACAAACACGGAUCGAACCGAGCGAUCUGUGAUGAUUUCCACCGUUCUAAUCAUUUCCUCCAGCUGUGCGUUCACCCAGGAUAUUAUGAUCAGUUGGUGCGUCAAACCGAAGGCCGAAUCAAUUAUGUGGUCGAGGAAAUUGAACGUGACUUACAUCGAUCACUCCCUGAACAUCCCGCCUAUCACACUCCGGAGGGAAUCGCGUCGUUGAGGCGUGUCCUCACCACCUACGCUUACCGUAAUCCGAGUGUGGGCUACUGUCAAUCCAUGAACAUAGUCACCAGUGUGUUGCUUCUCUACUGUACCGAAGAGGAGGCUUUUUGGUUGCUCACGGCCAUCUGUGAACGGUUACUGCCGGAUUAUUAUGAUAGUCGCGUUGUCGGUGUCCGAGUAGACCAGUUUGUUCUACGCGAUCUCCUCUCGGAGUACAUACCCAACCUG